AUGGAGAGCAAGAAGGGGCAAGGGGUGGUGCUGGUGGCAACGGGUCCGGUCUACGUCGAGGCGGCCAUCCGGAGCGCCCGAAGCGUGAAGGAGCACUGCGGGCCGGACCUCCCGGUGCACAUAUGGACAGACCUUCCGGAGGUGUGCGCGGCGGCUGCUGGCGCGUUUGACUCGGUGGAGCGCAUUGAGAACCCGCACCGCCGGUCCAAGGUCGACCACCUGUGGCGCACGCCCUUCGAGCGCACCCUCUUCCUCGACGCUGACACCCGCGUGGUGGCCGACGUGCGCGGCCUCUUCAGCCUGCUCGACCGCUUCGACCUGUGCAUGGCCCACGCACACCGCCGCUCGCAUGCCAAGAGCGCCACCACGUCUUCCUCUUCCUCUUCCUCUUCUCCGGCCUCUGCAUCGCCGCCUCCCGUGGAGUUCCCGCAGCUCAACAGCGGGGUGUUCCUCUACCGCCGCAGCGAGGGCGUGGUGGCAUUCCUCAAGCGGUGGCAGGAGGUCUUCCACGCGGCGGCGCUGCCCAAGGACCAGGUCACCCUCCGCGAGCUGCUGUGGACGACCGACCUGCGCGUGUACGUGCUGCCGCCCGAGUACAACGUGAGGUACCAGAAGUACAUCGACGCGUGGGACGCCGGCGAGGCCCAGCCCAAGAUCCUGCAUAUGCGCAAGUUCGUCGACGAGAUCAAGCAGCAGACGGCAGCCGAUCCUGCUUCUUCUACUUCAUCAUCAUGA